AUUUCAGCUUCUCUCAGCUGACAGUUUAGGAAUCUUGGACUGUAACCUUCCCAAGCUUGAAUACAAACGUCAAGAACCAGUGACAAGUUUGAGAGCCAACACAUAACCAGCCAAACCAAACCAAGAGGAAGCAGAGUAUUUGAGAAGGCUCCCAGCAUCUCAUGAAUGAACUAACGGAACUCGAUAAUGCUGGUUCUCCAGAGCCAGGUCUACGGCUCAGAAAAGGACACAUGUCUGACACUGCAGCAACACAGGCAGCCUUUGAAGAGGACAGCUCUGAGCAGAGGCUUCUUUUAGUGGAGCCACCUCUGUCUUCUGACCAGGAAAAUUGUUCUGAGGAUUAUAGACACAAUGAUGAGUCACCUCAAGAAGACGAAGGGUUUAUGGGUAUGUCACCUCUUCUACAAGCCCACCAUGCUAUGGAGAGAAUGGAAGAAUUUGUGUGUAAGGUAUGGGAGGGCCGAUGGAGAGUCAUUCCCCAUGAUGUUCUGCCUGACUGGCUAAAGGACAAUGACUACCUGUUGCAUGGACACAGACCACCCAUGCCUUCCUUCCGGGCUUGUUUCAAGAGUAUCUUCAGAAUACAUACAGAGACUGGUAACAUCUGGACGCAUCUUCUAGGAUGCGUGUUCUUCCUUUGUCUGGGAAUCUUCUACAUGUUCCGGCCAAACAUGUCCUUUGUAGCACCUGUGCAGGAGAAAGUGGUUGUUGGAUUGUUCUUCUUGGGAGCCAUACUCUGCCUCUCCUUCUCAUGGCUCUUCCACACAGUUUAUUGCCACUCAGAAGGUGUUUCCCGGCUCUUCUCCAAGCUGGAUUAUUCUGGCAUUGCACUUCUCAUAAUGGGCAGCUUUGUACCAUGGCUGUACUACUCUUUCUAUUGCAACCCUCAGCCUUGCUUCAUCUACUUGAUUGUGAUUUGUGUCCUGGGCAUCGCAGCCAUAAUUGUCUCACAAUGGGACAUGUUUGCAACCCCUGAAUACCGGGGUGUAAGGGCAGGAGUAUUUCUAGGUCUGGGUCUUAGUGGGGUUAUUCCCACCCUGCACUUUGUCAUCUCUGAGGGGCUCCUGAAGGCAGCCACAAUGGGGCAGAUAGGCUGGCUGGCACUCAUGGCAUGCCUGUACAUCACUGGUGCUGCACUAUAUGCUGCCCGCAUCCCGGAGAGAUUCUUCCCUGGCAAGUGUGACAUCUGGUUCCACUCCCAUCAGUUGUUUCACGUCUUUGUAGUGGCUGGUGCUUUUGUGCACUUCCAUGGGGUUUCAAACCUCCAGGAGUUCCGUUUCACAGUUGGAGGAGGCUGCACAGAGGAAGAUGGGAUGCAGUAAAACCAGCCUUCAGCCCAAGAUCGUAACCAAAACAGUACCGCAAGUGCGGUUGAAGCAUACAGGCUAGCAAAAUGAAUACCUAAGAAGAAUCCAAGUUUCAGCUGAUGGGGCAUGGAGCUUCAUGGGGAUUCUGACUAACCAAGAUAAAUUCUAUACCUCAAGCAAUGGAAUGAAUCAAUUUGAAGACCAGGAAAUUCUGAAACCCUAAUUUAUUCUUGGGAUCUACAGAUUGAGCUACAGAGGACCCUUCCAAAUCGGCUUCUGUUCAAUGCCAUAUUUAUUUGUAGAAGUGGGGAGGGAUAGCUUAGCAGUUUCCUUUUUUUAAAAAGAAAAAAAAAAUCAAGGUUAAAUUUAUAUCCUCUUGGAGGGUUUGGGAGUUGAUUUUAGAUGCUCUUUUGGGAGAAAAACAAAUUGUAAAUAAGAUUUCUAACUUUCUGUUUAAAUAAAAUUUAUAUAAAUGUUUUAAACAAUGGGUGGGGGGAAAAGGGUUUUUGUAAAGAAUGCAACAUGCAAGUACCACACACUGUUUCAAUUUUGCACAAAAUAAAUGAUUGCAGGAGGACCAGGUAAAAUUCCCAGGAGUGAAGCAUGCUGGUCCUGCAGAUUUUCCUGGUGGUCAGCGUGCCCUGGGCAAUGUGGGGUCCUGGCCAGCACUUGGAGUAGGUUCAGUAUGUGUACACAAGGGUUGUGAAGGCUGGAUUAAUCACGUUGUCAUCCAGGUCACAGUGUUAGCAAGUUUAUUUACUCGAGUAACUCGAAAGAUAUAUCUGCGCCCUCCCUAAGCGUGUGGGACAGCUGCCUUCCAAGCUUGCGUGGCCUGUAUAAUUCUGGAUAGUGGAUCUUACAGUAAG